GUCAGUCUGUCUGUGAGCCCCGCUUGUUCAGAACUUUCUUCCAGAUCUCAGUCAGCGCGCGGAGGCUGGAGAGCGUUGAGAAGUACUGGAGACGAUGAACGCUCGCUGAGGGUCUUUUUCACGCCGUUUUUUAAAGGAUACAGAAAUGUGACAGUGUUUUGCGGAGUUUUGCCGGUCUUUCUUGGAUACUACUUGACCUAACUGAAUAUUAUAAUGAGGGAAUGCAAACGGAUUUAUCUCAAUCACGUGACAAACUCGUUCGCUUUGGAUUAUGACAUUAUAUUUUUCCCUCGAAGACGAGUUGGAAGUACUUUUUAGUGUUUUUCGUUAUAUAAAUUUUACACAUGUAGGGUAUUAUUCGGUCUUUGUUUACUAUAAGGCUAGUUAAUUUAACUGCUAGUCUCGAUCAAACAUAUUCGCCUAUUCAAUGUCAUAAUUUUGCUUUGUAUUAGCGUUGUAAUCAUAUUAGCAGUAUUAUUACAAUGAAAAAUCAUCAGGUACAUGUCAUUUUGUUGACUCUGGCAUGGAUUCAAGCAUCAGAUUUGAAAUACACAGGAUCAGAUGGAGGAAAUGCACAAUUACAAUCAAACUCUUUUGCCAAAAAGUACACAAGUAGAAGAUUUACACAGUUAUCCUCUGAAGGAAACACACAUAUACUCAGGAAACCUCAGAACAUGGAGUCCUCACGACCUCCAGCCAGGAAAGGGCAAAGACCAGAAGCUAUUUUUCAAUCUUCUCCGUUGGGCGCGACUAGCUCCAUAAACAUCCUGGCUGGUUUUGCAGGUAAAAAACGCGUUCUGGUCAUUUCAGCUCCCAGUGACUCUGAUGUCUAUUACAGGUUGAUGAUGAGCUUGCUGAAGCCAGACGUGUACUGCGAGAUGGCGGACCGACACAUGCAGCAGAUUAUAAUGUUCCAUGAAAAGGGGAAGAUGGGAGGCAAGGUGAGGCGUGUUGGAAAUCAGGGAUCUCUGGUGGAGGAGCCGUUGGAUCCGGCCCUGGUGCCCAGGCUGAUGGGCUUCCUGAAGCUGGAGGAUGGUAAGUUCGGGAUGGUGCUGCUAAAAAAGACCCUUCAGGUAGAGGAACGAUACCCAUACCCUGUUCAGCUGGAGGCAAUAUAUGAAGCGAUAGACCAGACUCCAAUGCGUAGACUGGAGAAGGCCAGGCAAAAGGGCUUCGUGCAAAAGUGCAAGAGCGCUGGAGUCGAGGGCCGGGUAGUGCAGUCUGUUGGAUCAGAUGCAGUUAGUUUGAACACGACAGGGCGACACAGAGUGAGACCCGUUCCUCAGCCCACACAGAUAUCAACUACCAUCAGUAUGACCACAACCAAAAGACUUACAACAACAACUACCUUGAAAACUACAACCACAACACCUCCAACUUCAACUACUAUACUACCUACUACCACCUCUACUAUUACCACAAAUGUACCCUCCACAGUGGCGCAAACGCAUCCGCACACGACCGUACCGUGGGACGCAGCUACUCGUCUCUCUGUGACCUCUAACUUCUACAGAAAACAUAAAGGAAAACACUUGAAGAUUUCUACUGCAACCUCACCAACACAAGCAUCCACACAGAAGGGCAAACUGCCCAGAGAACGAGACACACAGAGGCCCGCUGCUAAUAAACCAGAGACAGAACUUAUUACCACCCAAAAGGGGAAGACUACAGCUGACGGUGGAAGGAGGAAGAAGACGGAUGGACCUGAAAAGGCUUUAAAGAAGAUACCUGCAGGAAAAACAAAUGCCAGUGUUCAAAUAAAAAACGCUGUGCAAACGCCAAGUGUCUUUGAGGAAAGAGCUGCUGUGGACCAGGCAGCGAAUCCCAAGAAAACAUUGGAAACUUUUUUGAGUUACUUUCAGAGAAGACGACGGCUCAUUGUAAUAACUGCCCCAGAUGAGCAGAAUCACAUGUACAGUGAACAGCGGGAUGAGUACCUGGAGCAAGUGUGUGAUAUGGCCCUGCGUAAAAUUUCCAUCAUCAGCAUCUUUGGGCCCCUCACAAACAGUACCAUGAAGAUUGAACACUACCAGACCGAACAGGAUAAGCCCUUGCGAGGCCUGCCGGACUCUGAUCUCAUCAACCAGCACCUCAUCACAGCAUUUCGGAAGCAUUUUGGGAUGAUUUAUAAUGAUUUCAACAUGGUGCUGACUGACUUCGACAUGAAAGUCAUGCAAAAAUAUGAAGUCCCGAUUGUCAUGAAAGCAGUGUUCGACUACAUUGACACAUUGUCAACUCGCAUUAAAGAGAUAGAACAGCAGAGGAAACUUGGGGUUAUGUGCAAGAAAGAAGAUAAAUCAAGAUCUCUAGAGGACUUCCUAUCUAGAUUCCGUUGGAGGCGGAGACUGUUCGUAAUAUCCAGCCCCAGUGAUGAAGAAUGGGCCUAUCAGCAACAGCUCUACGUCAUCAGUAGCCAGGCUUGCAAUCUGGGGCUGCGUCAUAUAUCUGUACUGAAAAUUAUCGGAAAAACCCUGGAUGACAUGAGUGGAAUCCUGGAGCUCUAUCCCAUAAAUGGAAGUGCCUCAGUGGACCGUGAGGACCUCUCUGCCCCGCUGGUGCAGGACAUCAGAAACUACUUCCAGAUCAGCCAAGAGUAUUUCUCCAUGCUGCUUGUUGGGAAAGACGGCAAUGUGAAAUCCUGGUACCCCUCCCCUAUGUGGUCCAUGUCAAUCAUUUACGAGCUGGUCGACUCCAUGCAGCUUCGCAGGCAGGAGAUGGCCAUCCAGCAGUCUCUCGGCAUGCGGUGCCCAGACGAUGACUACAGUCACCAUGAGGGCUAUCAUCGUGGUUACGGUUAUUAAGAACAGAGGGAAAUGUCUUUGAGCCCGUGCGCUUCCUACAGGGAAAAGUGUGAAUAGUUUCAAAUGUCAGUAAACUUCUUUGCUGUCUUCUUACUAAACAGUACAAUGACCACCUCAUUUUAUAUACCGUUUUGUUGAAGCUGAUAUUUAAGUUGGCUUGAAAAAAACUGAUCUACUACUGACUUGUGAUGUAUGCUACAUCUUUUCAGAAUGAUCAUACUUACGGUUUUCCUAAAAAAGCUGAUCAAAACUCUGAAAAUUCCCAUAGACUUGCAGUGAUGGAAUGUUCAAAUGAGCCAAGACUUUUAAAACUCCAACUGAUCUAUCUAUCUAUCAAAACAACUAAACUAAAACUAUUUCAAACUGAAAACCUUCAAACUUCAAGCUUUUAAAACUACUUUCUGGCUAGGCUUUUUCAAGCCAACUUAAAGUUUGUCUGCAAACUUUAUUUAUCUAGAUUUGCUCUCGUCAUGAGGUAGAUGACUGUAGAUAGAUGAAGUGCUGUUAAUGUUUUUGAUUCUGACUUUUUACUACUUGAAUGUAUUUGCAUGUGUGCAUGCAGUUUUUUUAGCUAUUAAUUAACAGCAAUAAGUUAUUUGUUUGUGUAUUUUGUUCCACAAUUAAUUUUUGUAGAUUCGUCCUCAGUAUUCUGGGAACAUUUUGUGUGGCUCUUUUAUCUGGAAUUUCUCCACUGCCCUCUACUGGGCAUUCUGAGGUAGUGUAAUAAUACAUGCUUGUAACUUUGUAGUUACUAAGACAUUUUGUAAGUGAACAUUAUUUUCAUACAUUGUCUAAUGACAUGGAUGAUUUAAAAUAAAUACAUUUUUAAAAAGGCCAAA